AUGGACACUACACAGGCCCUAGACUGGGGCCCCGAGGACAUUGCCGACGAUGAACAAGAAGAAGCUAUCCAGGUUGGGAGCCUCAGAAUGUCGUAUCCCGAAGGGCAGUCAGAGCUGCAUCCACUUCACACAGGGCAAAACAUUGUGGGGCGUCGCGGCAGUCAGCCCCAAAAGGACGAUGAGCGGCUCGAACGGUGGCGCGGGGAAUACAGUAGAAAUGGCACUGUGAGCGAUGUCGAGAAGGGAGGGGAGCUGUGUUUUGUCAAGGACAUGAACAGCAAAAACAAGACGUUCCUAGAGCGGGGAAGCAGCCUGUUGAGGCUGCAAUCGGGGGACCGAUAUUCCAUCAACAACGGGGACACGCUCAGAUUUGGCAAUGUCAGCUGCCAAAUGGAUGUGGACCAAGCUGCUGCCGCGCUGAAUGCCCAGGCGUACAUGAGCAUCGGUGAUGCGAUGGAAGAAGAGGGCGGGGAGGGGGCAGCGGCGGCGGAGGCCGGGGCGGCGGCGGCGGUCGGCGAGGAAGCUGCAGGAAGCCGCGGUGUAGCUGCCGAGCAGGUGCGGCGCCCCUCCCGCCCGCUGCCCCCGCAUGCCGCCCCGCGGCCCCCCUCCAUACCCCCCGCUCCCACCACCGCCCACCACCGCAGUCCCCCUGAUCUCCACCGCCAGUCCCCCACCCAAGCCUGGACCGCCUUCCAAGACAGCGCAGCCGCCGCCCCUCAGCGUUCCCACAGCGCAUUAAUUCCCCCUGUCAGCGCUCUGUCAGAGGGCAUUCCUCGCCCCGCGCGCUCGGCGAACAAAGGGUUAUCAAUCGACUCGGUGUCGCCGUUUUCGGCCUUCGCUGGAGGGGACGCCCCCGGGGACGACCCGAGCCAAAACUGGCCGCAGCCGCGCCCUGGCCUCGCGGCGUUGACUCCCUCGCCCUUCGGCGCCGCUGCUGCGCGGCAGCCGUCGAUGCAGCGCGCGGGCUCGAUACAGAAAGUUGGUUCGCUCCACGACUGGGCCGCCUUCCGUCGCAGCUCCGCCGAGCGGCUGCCGAGCCUGCAGGACUGGAUCAUGCCGAAUCUCGGUUCCAGCCCGGUCUCCCAACGUUGUUCCCUCCCCUUCGAUGCGCCGAUCCCGGAGGCGUUCGUGCCGACCGACGCCGCGCUUGGCUCGAGCCUCUUCUGUUCCGAGGCGCUGCCGCAGCCCAAGCUCGCGCUCAGCCGGCCCAAGGGCAUUCCCCCGAGCCGCCACCCGCUGCACCGCGCAAAUUUAAUGCCAAACAACGAGAGCAGCGCCGACGAGUUGUCGGUGCCGGGCACGUCGCCGGGCCCGGCGUGGCAGCUGCGCGCGCCGCGGUCGCCGGCGCGCGGCGAGUCCGGCCGGCCCCAGCACGCAGCGCGCUCGCCGCCGGCCGGCGCCGGCCGCGCCGCCUCGGCCUCGCCCAAGCGCGUGCGCAGCUCUGAGGAGUCGGAGGGUAUCUUCGUCGGCUCCUUUGACGACGAGGCGCAGCCGCAGAAGUCCCCCCGGCUCUGCCGGCAGCUGCCGGUGGCGCGCGCCGGCUCGCCGUCUCGCGGCGAGGCCGAUGCCGGCCCCGGCUUUGCGGAUUUCCACGCCGUGAUGGACUCGCUCUGGGGCAACAAGGGGGUGCAGCCUGAGAGCACGCCGGUGGGCUGA